AUGUCUCCCACUCAGAAAGCGAUCGUUGUCACGGAACUCAACAAGCCUGUCACUUUGAUAAAAGACAGGCCAGUUCCCGAACCAGGCGUGAGCCAGGUGCAAGUGAAAGUGGCAGUUGCCGGCAUCAACCCUCACGACCAAAAGGGCCGUGACUGGGGUCUUCUCACUGAAGGGGAUCUCCCCUCCAUCCUCACCCACGACGUCGUUGGUAAGGUCACCAAACUAGGCUUCGGUGUCGCUGAGCUUGCGGUCGGCGAUCGUGUCGUGUAUCAACCGACAUUCUUGCCGGGUUCGACGCAGAAUGGCCUGCAAGAAUACGCCAUUGCGGAUAUAGGAUCUAUUGCGAAGAUUCCGGAUUCGAUCACGGACGACGAAGCUGCUACGUUGCCGACGAAUGUUAUUGCGCCGUUGGUGGCUCUGUUCAAGACGCUGAAUAUCCCUGCGCCGUGGACCAGUGAGGCUAAGGAGUUCGACUACAACAAUACGGCAAUCCUAAUCGUCGGAGGAGGCUCUAACUGCGGUAAAUUCGGCGUGCAGCUGGCCAAGCUCGCAAACAUUGGGCGGAUUGUGGUUGUCGGUGGCGACGAGACCAAGUUGAAGUUCUUUGGAGCUACUCAUGUCAUCGACCGCCAUGCUGGAGAGGAGACGAUCGUUGCCAAAAUCCGCGAUAUAGUCGGCGAUGAUCUAGUGUACGCUUACGAUGCUAUCAAUCCUCCGGAGGGCCUGUUCUUGGCGCUGAAUGCCCUCUCGAACACCAAGAGAGGUGCUCUAGCUCGUCUCUUGCCCCGUGAUCCAGUCGAUGAGUCGAGGGUUUUGGGAAAGAAGGCAGGGUUCGAUAUACGUGAUGUGUUUGGCAGCUCUCAUGGGCAUCCUGAGCUUGCGGCUGGGUUUUGGUCACGGCUCUCCGGCUACCUUGAGGCUGGUCAGAUCAAGCCACUUGACUAUGUGGUUAAAGAUGGAUUGUUGGCCGAGAAUGUCAAUGAGGUUCUUGAUGCCUACAGGGAUGGAAAACGGGUUACCAAGACUCACAUUCAUUUAUCAGUAUCAUGUGUGUAA